AUGUCUCGCCCAAACAACACUGCAGCCCCUCCUGCCGAGGGAGGCGUCUGGUGGCGAGAUAUCAAUCUCAACGAGGACGCCGUCGCCCCUGGCGAUAUCGAAUUAGCCAACCUGGCCGAAGCAGGUCGCCUUCCCGCCGUCCCUGCUCCCGUCGCUGUCCAGCGUCACGGAGAUUUCGAUGAGUCUGAUGAACCAGAGUCCCGACAGAUGAGGUUUCUACGAACCAACUACGCAGUUCUACGAGAGUUUAGGCACAGUCGCAAGUUCUGGCCCGUGUUUGGUUUGGUCGGGUUUUUGGCUUUGGGCUUGAUCAUUGUUGGCGCCGUGUCAAUGAGUCUCGACUAG